AAGUCGUUACCGUAAAAAUUACUUUGCUUGAAUUAACAGAACUGUUAUGUCAACUGCAUUGAAAGCAACCUAGAGCGCAGUGGUCAGUUUGUUUAUAUAUAAUAGCACAGGUGACGUAAAUGGAAAGUUUUGCGUAGUAGAACAUCGUCAGGCAGGUUGCGGUUAGGCUUAGCCGCGUUCCCCGCCGAGGUAACCGAGUGCCAAAUCGACCUGUCACAUUUCGUUACGCAACGAGCACCAUUAAAUAACCUCACUUCAUUUACACCUUCAACCGUUAUGUUGUUGCUACGCGCGACUUGCUUGUUGGUUGUUGUGGCGGCAUCUAUUUGUCGACCGUACGAUCCAGAAGAUGGGGAAAUCAAGAGCGUCCUGCCAUCUAGUGGCGAGUUUGAGGCGUUUUACCCGCGUCAAGCGCAUGGAUUACCGAACGGUUCUUCGCGGCCUGCUCAUGGGCAUGGCAGUUUCUACAAGCACCGCAAUCCGGCGCUAGUUGACGUGAAAAAUGCAGCUGCGUACGGUUUCCGCUUCGAUGGCAUGAGGAGGUUCAACUUUGAUGACGACGAAGAAUAAUUCGUUUUUUAAGAAGAAAAAAAAUA